AAUUGUCUUUGCUGGUAAGAGUAGGUGUCAUUUUGUAAACAGGUGUCAGAUUUUUUUAACAGGUGGCACAUGUUGUCUUGGUCACCAUCAAUCUGGAUCGUCUUCCUCGCGUCAGAUAACCCAGUCCGCGUCGUCGUCUUCUCCAACAGACCUGUCACCGUUCCUCUUGAUCAGACCUUCCGAGGAAACGCCAUGGAUAUGCCACACACCGAUCCUUUGCUUCAAACAACCGCUCAAGGCUUCCAACCACAACAGAUAUCUCUCUCCCUCUCCUCUUCUCAUCACUCUGUUUCCAUUUCUUGGAUUACAGGGGAAUUCCAAAUUGGGGACAACGUAGAACCCUUAGAUCCUAACAGUGUUGCGAGCGUAGUUCGAUAUGGAAGGUUCCGAAGGUCCAUGAGUCACCGAGCCACGGGUUAUUCCCUCGUUUAUAGUCAACUUUAUCCUUUUGAAGGAAAUCACGAUUCCUUCUGUUACAGAUCUCCUGAACUGUGGUGUUCGUUUUGUAGAUACUGCUGGAAGACUAGUUUUGAUGAACGGGAUUAUAGACUCGGAGGAAGAUGCAAAGAUUCUGAGAGAAAAAAGGAUAAUUCUGAACCAUUUGAAGAGUGA